CAUGGUUAUAUCAAAAGUUGAAGCACAUUUCAAUUUAGUCACACAAAAAUGCCUCAAACUGAACGCACAUUCAAACAUGUUGAGACAACAACAAGAAAUCCUUCUAUUGCUUCCACGGAACAAUUCCUCCGAGGAGGGGAAUCGUCAAGGAUGUCACCAAUCUACUCUCCUACCUCCACUAAUUCAGCUUCCUCUCCUUACUUUGAGAGAAUGAUGCACCAUGAUCCUGAAGAAGAUCAAGGCCUCUAUCAGAGGAAAUCAGUUCUCACCAAAGUGAAGGAAAAAGCUAGAAAAUUAGUAUUGCGCAACAGCCUCAGUCUCAGCCGGAAAAGACAGGAUGACGAUAACCUCACUCCAUCUUGGGGCGUUCGCUUAGAAGACGAAGAAGAAGAAGAUGCUGAAUAUCUUGGAGCUCCAAUAUAUGAAUCAGAGCUAGCACCUGAUGAAUACAAAGAAAAUGCAAGACAACAUCCAAGAGCAAAUCCAGUAAUAUCUGAGAAACGUGUUCUAAGAACAGCAAAAUCAGGAGAACAAAAAGAAGAUCAAGAAAAUGCGCUUACUCCUGUCAAGUCCAAAACAAAUCCUCAACUUUCAACAAUUACUACUAAUCCAAAUCCAAACAUGACAACAAUAACUGAAAAACUCACACCAACAAAUAUUGAAGGGUCAUCAUAUGCAUCCUCCAAAUCUUCUAAUGUUGUUUCUAAAACCCCUGUUGCUCCAUUAAGUUCACCAAUGAUGCAAAAUUCAUCACCAUCCUCAUUUCCUACACUAAGUAGGAACAACAAUAUUAAUGCUAGUCCCAAAAGUGCUUAUUCAAUGAAUAAUGAAAAAAGUGCAUAUCAUUCUCAACCUUUAAUGAGUUCUAGGAGAUCUCCUACUAAUAAUAAUGGUAGUGUGAUUGAUAGGGUUAAAGGAGCUGUAAAUUCUUUGCUUAGGAAUGAAGAACAACAGCAACCAAAAUAUGUUGUUAAUAAACGUGUUACCCCACAAUUAAGCAACACUACUCAAGAAGUUGGUCAGGAAACUGAGAACCAUGGGAAAAUUCUUCAGGCAAAUUAAAUGUCCUUGCAAUAUAUAUGUACUUUCUACAUUUUUUGUAUAUGACCAUUUGUAUUCUUGUAUAUGUAAGUGUAUGUACUUUAGUUUUGGCCUUUUGUGUAUAUGUGCCCAAUAAUUAGACUAAAAAGUUCACUUCCAACAUUGUGUAAAAUUUAAUUUGUAUGCAAUAUAUUAACUAUGUUG